ACUUGCCUGGAACCGGUCUUUUGUAAGCUCACGACAAGCGGCUAUAAAAGACAGCUCACCCGUAAUCCCCGCAUUUACACCCGGCCUGUACCAGGUGAAUGACAUUCUGUCUAUGGAGAGGAAACACUUUUCUAUCUACCAGAAACUACUUCUCUAACUGUUUACUGUGGACUAGUGAAACUUACCAACCAGACUUGCGUACACCCCCCCCCCCCCCCCCGAACUGUUGAACUGCCGCCGCUGCCGGUCAUGCCCUGUGGUCAGCAACGGGUGCGGAGAAUGGAGCCGUGGUUGACGCUCCUACUGGUGUUGUGUUCCGCCCUAGUGACGCCGUCACAACAACAACCCUGUGAUGCUGGACUCGGGAUGGAGAGUGGACGUAUCACGAGACAGCAGCUCAAGGCGUCCUCUGUGAAAAACGGACUCAGUGUGGACUAUGCCAGAUUCAACUGCUGCAGUGACAUUGAUUAUGGUGCGUGGUGUCCGAGCAAUGCAACAAGUGAGGAAUGGUUUGAAAUUAACCUCUACAGGCCCGCCAAUGUCACUGCGGUCAUGCUGCAACGACCGAGCACAAAGAACGAGUCCAUUAACAACUACGUGACGAAGUUCAAUAUUCAGGUGGAACUGUCCACUUCCAGACCGGGUGUGUUGACAACCUAUGAGGAUCCGGCAACUAAAGCUAGCGAGUUUGAAGCCAAUUUUACUGAUUCGUCCACGUGGUCACUCGCCAUCACGUCUACAGCGGUGAGGCGCAUUCGCAUCGUCAUUGUAGACUUCCACAACGAACCUUGUUUCCGGAUAGAGCUGGCAGGAUGUCAGAUAGAAGACACUGUUCCAGCAUCUGCCUUGACAACUCCUACCCUCUACUUGGACUAUACAUCACUCGAUAUGAUGUACCUGGUCUGUGACAUAAAGGAUGACAUCAGCUUCAGCAUCCAGUACAAAGUGACGUGGUACCAGGACGACAAGGAUAUUGCACAACAGCUAUUGGCUAAUGGCGAACUUCAACACAAGCUAAGCGUGGAGGCGAAUAACUUCACACAGAAACAAACCCACGUGUGUAAGGUGCAGGCGUGUUACACUCCCGACUGUGACGUCAGACUUAGUGACCAACUACCCAGUGACGUAUACAGACCUCAGAUGAAGCGUCUGUCUGGGGCGACGCUCAGUCUGACAGAAGGAGGGACGGACGGCCAGAUCAACGUUACUUUCAACGCGCCACCCAACCUACUGUGUCUGAUUGGAAACAAAAAACCAGACUGCAACGUCUUCGUGGUUGCUACGGUAACAGACGAGCAGCCCCUAAAAUGCACGUCACCUGAAGAUAGCCACAUUCCCCAGAUUGUCUUUCCGAAGGAGAGCGACCAAUCAGCGGGCUGUGCCACACCUAUAACAAUGGCGGACUGGCAGACGACGCAUCACGUGCGUGUGCGAGCCAACCGAGACAUGCUGACAGACGGCACGCGCUCGUCCGUUAUCACGCUCCUCACGUACGUUGGUGACGUCACGUACGAGGAAUCGCAAAAUGAGGUCAAGGUUGACACAGCAGACAGUGACAGAAAAUCCGUAUGUCAGUCUCUGAACGAUCCGCACUUGAAGACAUUUGAUAACAAGUAUUAUGACAACCACCGAGAAGGUGAAUUCGUUUUCUAUCGACACAAGCAGCUUCCAUUUGAGGUUCGGACAUUCUACAAACACUGCGUCACUGGAGGAACACAAACUCCGUCCUGUAACUGUGCCACAGCCGUCAGGUCAGGCGAUGACGUCAUCGUGUUUCGAGGUUGCCGCCCAGGGGAAGGGAUUUCUGUUGAAAUGUUCCUGAAUGGAGAGCUCGAGAAAGGAACACGUGUCCUCAGAUACAAAGGUGGCCAGGAAUAUAAGGUCAUUCUGCCUUCUGGAGCUAUCCUGGUCAUCAGAGCCAGCUACACAGACUUCAUGAACGUCUGGUUCUACCCCUCCCCGCUCGACUUCAACAACACAGAAGGUUUGUGCGGCAACUUUGAUGACGAUGCUGCUAAUGAUGUCCAGGACCCAGCCACAAGCUUUUCCUUGAGUUGGAGAGUAAACGACACUGACAGCAUCUACAAUGGCUGGUGUCCCGGCGUUGACGUGCCGCGUGUCCCGCUCUCCACAGACUGUGCGUGUCUGUCGGCCGAACGUCUGCAGUGUUCCCCGGGCCUCGGCUCACACACCUGCCACCUCUACAGCGCCUACCACAACGAGACUCAAAGACCAGAUAAUGACGUGACCAGCCUGUUGAAGCAGAACGCGAGACACCCGCUGAACUGUUUCAGAGCCGUGACCGCCGUCGACGAGUUCGUGUAUGAUCACACGGCUGAAGCACCAUCUCUUCCAGUUAAUUACCCAGAACCUUGGACAGACGAAAAUGCUCGAAAUUACUGUGAACAGGAACUGCAGUCGUCACCGCUGGCAACAAUCUGUGAAAACGUUACCCAGGUUCAAGUUGAAGAGAAAAUACUAGACUGCAUGAAUGACAUCCGAUGGACCAAUGACAGCCGGUGGUCGCGAGCGCUGGUAGACUCCCUGGAGGAGGCGUGCCUAUACGAACUAGCGUACAACACUCGGUGGCAGGUCGAGCGAACGAUGGCCAUUCAGCAGAUUUGUCCAAACUUCUGCAGCGGCAACGGAAAAUGUGUCACAGCUGUUUGUAUCUGUGAUGAGCCAUUCAUUGGUGUUGACUGUUCCGUUGACUCGAGGUCUGCCCCAGUCAUCACGAGAGUCGCAGACAACGGUCUGUGUAACUUGCUCAUUUCCCAGUGUCGCACGGUCGUCGUGUAUGGACACACAUUUGUCAAGAGCAGACAACUGCGGUGCUACUACAGAAGAAUAAAUGUGUCUGAGUCUGGGUACAGCAAGGUGAGUGAGUGGGAGGAGGCGGUGUCCACCGUGUUUGUGAGUGACAGCCGCGUCGAGUGUGAACUACCGGCCGCGGGAUACUACAUCGUCAGCGUGGAAAACACCCUGCUCACCCGCAGUGCCUCAGUGCUGUACAUCGCCCACGACCCCGUCUGUUACAACUGUGACGCCAAACACGGAAACUGUACACAGAAGGAUGACACGUGUGUGAUUGAUGGGAAAUGCUGGACUCACCUACAGGUUAAUCCAGAUAACUUUUCUCAGAUCUGCAGCGCAAGCCAGAAUAAAACAUCAUGGAGCCCAAGAAUAAGUCCGUGUUUGAGGUCUCAAGUCAAAUGGCAGACCAAUUCAUCGAGUGCAAUUGCUUUUCAUAAUCACAAGUCCACCACAGGUGUCUCAUCAAUUGCUGACUGCCGCUCCCUCUGUCUCCAGGAGGCCGAGUUCAUGUGUCAGUCUAUAGAUUACAACUCGGGUACUGAUGUCUGUCACCUCUCCAAAUACAGACAGACUCAUGUCGGACAAUAUUUUCUGUCGUUUGCCAAUACGUUCACACACGAAGAAUGGAGCUGUGAAAAGGAUCCGUGUGCCGGCCACCUGAUGAGAUGGGAUGUUGACGAAGCCGCAGUAACGGAGAACAACAACGAUGUGGUCACCGACAACGUGUGGAGGGCGGACGUCUGCCGCACGCUGUGUCUCGCUCGCCUCAGCUGCAGGUCGGUCAAGUUCCAGCCGGCGCGAGGCAUCUGUGUUCAGUCAGACGGGUCAAAAGACGAUGAUAACAUCGGCUGGGUGAAGGCCCCUGGCUGGCAGUACCACGAACGAACAUGCGUGGAUGGCUCUCCGUCUGAUAGGCUAGGCCCAGCUGUGGACAAAGCUUCUCUUGUUGCCAUGUUCAGGGCCCCGGGUAACGACAGCUUCAAGUGUGAGUUCUCUCCCUUGCCGGACACGACGAGACCGAUUCGCUACGACGUCCUGUGGAGCGUUGACGGCGUGUGGACGUAUGAAGAUACACUUGACGACAACGUCACUGAGGAAUAUCUUAACGCUAAUCUUGCUAAUGCAGUGAAGGACGGAUCAACUGUGCGGUGUGCAGUCAGUGCAUGUUAUGCAACUAACUGUGAGGAAACCCGCGGAAUCCUCGCUCUGUCACAGGAAUACAAGGCACAACUGAAGUUAGAAAACGUGAAUAGUGCUGACAAGUUACUGCUGAGAGAAGGUGAGGGUGGUGUUACCAUGCCAAUAUAUGCCACGGCUCCCCCGUAUGUGCUGUGUCGCGAUAUCGGUCUCACUAGUCCCGACAGUUGUGAGAUCCAAGUGGUGGUGGAGAUAGGGAACAGUACUGAUCCGAUUCACUGUCCGAACGGAGACGUUAUCGAGCAGGUGUCUGUCCGUAUCACGCAAGACGGCCGGGAGAACAAGCUGUGUAAGAUAACCGUCACGUCAGACACAUGGACGUCGCGCUUCAACAUCAACCUCAGGGCCAACAUUGACAACAAGUACGACACCGACCACACAACGGAGAUCACUCUAGCUAAGGAAUAUCUGGUCGACGUUGCAGUACAGAAAACUGUUGAAAUCCUGAAAUCUGAGGUGACCAUUGUGAAUGUUGAUACACCAUCCAUUUGUAUGUCAGUCAAUGACCCUCACAUGACAACGUUUGAUGGCGUGUAUUACCACAACUAUUUUGAAGGAGAAUUCAUCAUGUAUCGCCACAAAAUACUGCCCUAUGAGAUUCGCACAUUUUAUCGAAGUUGUUCUGGUCGUGCUUCCUGUAACUGUGCCGUUGCUGCCCGUGCUGGUGACGAUGUAGUUAUUAUCGACAAGUGUGGACCGAGCGCCGUCAACACACAAGGCUUUUACCCCAUCACCGUCAAACUGUUCCGUAAUGGGGUUUUAACCCCUGGCUUUCGUGUCUUCAGCCAGUUCGAGGGAACAGAGUACCAGAUAAUCUUUCCAUCUGGCUUGAUUGUGUAUGUCAGUAGAAGUGUCAUUCGUGGAUACGACUUCCUCAAUGUCUGGAUCGCCCCAUCAACCUCUGAUUAUAACCAGACAGAAGGUCUUUGUGGUAAUUUUGACGGUGACCAGAAGAACGACUUUAUACAGUCUGAUGGAACAUUAUAUGAAUACCCUGCAGGCAUUGCUAACACUGGUUUUGCCAACCAACCAAACAACUUCUCCAAGAGCUGGAGAGUAACCGAUGACACGCUGUACACGGGAUACUGUUCGGAAGACAGUACAAGUGAUGAUCGACAGUUGACGUAUUGUUUGUGUCAGAGUGGUGGUCGUGACACGUGUGCAGAAGGACGACACCUCUCAAUGUGUGACAUCGACACAAUAGGAAGUGAAAUCACUGAUAGACUGGUCACAAGUUCUCUUAUUGCAAUAAAGUGUAAGAGAAAUAGCCUGGUGAGUUUCUCCCACCCCAGGUUUGAGUACGACAUCAACAGAGAACCACGGGAAUAUGGUUGGCCAACGACCAGUGGAACCAGUGAGAUUCUGAGUAGAGGCUUGUGUAGUCUGACAGUUGAGGGAAGCUUGGCAUAUAAAGUGUGCAAGGAUGUGCCUGACAUUCAUCUGACGAACGCUAUCGAGUCCUGUGUCCAGGACGUCAAGAUCACUGAGGAUAUGAACUGGGGCAAGUCAGCAGUGGAGAAUGUUAGAAUGCAGUGCCAGAUACACCUGAAUAGAAACCUGACACUCUGGGUAACGGAUCCCAGUGACACAUUUUCCAAGCUUCCCGAUGCCAUCACAAACAGUCUGUGUGUUGCGGAGUGUGGAGGUUUUGCAAAGGCUUGUAAAAAUGGUACCUGUGACUGUGGGCCUAAAGCUAGCGGGUCUGACUGUUUUGUGAGGACCGACGAAUCACCGAAUCUGUUCUACCUUGGUAACAGUGGACUGUGUGAUCUUCGUAAAGACUCGUGUAGUGUGGUGACGGUGUUCAACAACAAUACAAUCAACACAAACAGCCUGUCGUGUGUCUUCACCAAGGUGCAAAUCAAUGAAACUGGCUUGGUGAAAGCUGGUGAUCCCAUCAUAAAAGAAGCCAACUUCGUCAGCAUCAAUGAGCUGACGUGUGUCUUGCCGAGCGUCGACAGCUACGAGGUGCAGAUCUUCAACACGAAGGACAUCGUCAGCUCCUCGGCACUCUACCUCGUCUACAACUCCCUCUGUGAACACUGCUUCAUCAACAACCAGACCUGUGUACAGCGGGACACUGGGUGCCGGAUUGAUGGGCAGUGUUACGAGGAGGGGGAAUAUAACCCAACAAAUUCUCGCCAGUUCUGUGACCCAAAGAAAAACCGCACAUCCUGGCAAUCAUCGUCUGAUUCGUGUCAGACUCUGGACUUGGUUUGGUUGAAACAGAUAAAUGCCUACCUGGCAAGCUUUGAGAAAGAAACCCUGAAGUCGAACUCCAACUACACUGACUGUCGCGAUCAGUGUCUGGCGAAGUUCGGCGACCCGUACGUGUGUGAGUCGUUCAACGUGAACUCUUCCAGCCAAGUGUGCACCUUGAGCACGGCCAACAAGCGGAGUGGAGCCGGCAACAUGAUCACCAGCACCAACACAGAGUACCAUGAGUGGAUGUGUGAUAAUGAUCCAUGUGAUAAACGUGGGAUAUCAUGGACUGUCAGGCCCGGCUUUGCUAUUCUCGGUCACAACAAGCGCGACAUCAGUGACAUCUCAUCGGCCACCAGGUGUCGCCAUCUCUGUCUGAGAGAAACGUCGUUCCUCUGCCGAUCAUUUGAGUUCCUACUGCAGGCGCGGCUGUGUUCACUGUCGGAUGUCGCCCAGGCUCACGUCGGGAACAACUUCGUCCAGUGGCCGGGAUACAUGUACCAGGAGUGGAGCUGCAAUACAGGAGCAGACCUGCCCAUCAUAUCGCGGAACCCAGUGGCCUCCAUCAGCCAGGAUGGUUCUGGAGAGUUCACACUGCAGUGUUCAUUUCCCACUCUGAUGAUUGUGAACACCACCAUCCUCUACAACGUGGACUGGCUGGUGAACAACAACAUCGUCGACUACGAAAACGGCGUCCAGUUCCAAGACGAUAUGGCUGCUGCCCACAUGGAUAGAAGUUUGCUGAAUAGCUUGGAGUAUGGGACAUCGAUAUCAUGCGGGGUUUCUGCCUGUGUACAAUCUGAGUGCAAUAAAUCUGUCGGUGCAUUCCGACGCAGCAACCUACUCAAACUUGUUGUUAAGGUUGUUGGUGAAGAGAAGAUAACUCUGAACGAAGGCAUGCCAGGCAGAGAGUUUCAGAUUGCGUCAAGUUUCCCGCCAUCGUUCCUCUGUCAGGCGGGGUGGACGUCGUGUUCAGUCAGCGUCCGGUGGGAGCUGGCGGCGGCUGACGGUGACUUGCGGUGUGGUGACGGGCGUGUCGCCAAUCAGCUGGUGUUUGGGGGGAAGCCGCCGCUCGACGACGCGUGCUGUGACGUCACGUUCACCGACAUCAACUGGCGUGAGUCGCGGUCCGUGCGCGUCAUAGCGAAACGCGACUCGCUGGUCGACGGAGACCACACCCGACUCGUUCACUUCAAAUACAGAGUGACGUCAGACAACAGCACCACGCCCGCGCUCACCACUGUGCAGAGUUUCAAUCUGUCUGUUAUUGACGGAGACCGCCGGGCUGUGUGCAAGUCAGUGGGUGAUCCACACAUCACCACGUUUGACGGCAGGUACUAUAACAACUUUUAUGAAGGUGAAUUUGUACUCUACCGACACAAGACAUUAUCAUAUGAGGUGCGGUCGUUCUACCGAAGCUGUAGAGGGAAGGCAUCGUGUAACUGUGCUGUGUCUGUGAAGUCUGGCGACGAUGUCAUCGUGAUUGACCGGUGUGGACCACGUGCAACCUCAACGAAGAAGAUUCCUCUGAUGGUCAAACUAUACAAGAAAGGGGAGCUAACGCCAGGCACCCGUAUAAGGAGGAUGGCCGGUGGUCUGAAAUACAAGAUCUUCCUGCCAACAGGUACAGUGGUGACGGUACGAGUUGACCGAAGUUUGACCAACUACCUCAACAUCUGGAUCAAACCAUCAAGCACCGACUUCAACAACACAGAAGGUCUGUGUGGGAACUUUGACUCUAAAGAAGACAACGAUUUUGUCAAGUCCGAUGGGUCUCUACACGUAGGAACAGGACUGGAACCUGGCCCUUUCUUACUGUCAUGGAGAGUGUUGCUGACUGACUCCUUGUACACUGGACAGUGUGUGACGGACGAUGCUGCCAGCGCUGAUUAUGUUGGAUUGUUUUGUGACUGUCAGGCGGGAGCGAGCAGCACCUGUCAGUAUGCACUCGACAGUGUUCCGUGUCCCAGCAACGGAACGUCUGUAACAGAUACAGACAUCACCUCUGAUUUAGUCAAGUAUGCCGAAGCAGUACCGAAGUGCAGUGACGUGCAUUCAGAGAUCAUCUUUGAAUAUAACAUGCAAUAUGUGCCAAAGGUGUAUGGUUGGCCGACACCAAACAACAUGACUGAAGAGGAAGCCAACAGCCAGUGUCUGACCAAACUGAAUUCUUCUGUCACCCUGGAAUGCAUGAACGUCAUCGGCGAACAGUUCGAACACAUUUUCAAGUCGUGUGUCAGAGAUCUCCAGAUCAUGGACGACCUGAUGUGGAUACAGACAGCGCUGGUUGACCUCUUUGAGGUGUGUCUGGUGGAGCUGAAAUCAAACGUCAAGUUGUGGGCGACGAUCGACGGCAAACUUCAACCUAACCUGGCAGUGCUGGACUCGGUCUGUACAGAACAUUGCUUUCUCCUGGAGCCGUGUUCCUGCUCAUGCUCCGCUGGUGAGGGCGGUGCUGACUGCUCGGUGAAACUCGAUGAUCCCCCGGAAGUCUUCCACCUGUACAACAACCUGUGUGACCUUGAAACAUCCACCUGUGAUGAAAUCAUCGUCUUUGGCGAAACAUUUGUCAACUCUGAAAAUUUAUACUGCAAGUUGCAGCCUAUUCAAAUUGAAGAGGAUGGAUUCACUACCUUUGGUGAUGCUGUGACUGUUACAGCAGAAUUUUUCAGUUUCAACCAACUGAUGUGUCGCGCGUCCACACCUGGCAGCUACAGCGUGUCUGUGAGCAACAACAAGAACAACUACAGCGUCAAACGCAUCUUUUUCACGGCGUACAGCCCCGGCUGUCACCAGUGUACAACAUCAGGCCGCUGCACACUCACGCCGGAUACCUGCUUCAUUGAUAACAAAUGUUAUCUCUAUGGUGACAAGUCUCCUGACAAUGAAACUCUGGUCUGUGAUAUAUAUCAGGAUUAUCGGCAAUGGAGCAUUUUUAAUGCAUAUCCAUAUUUAACGGGUGAACCGAAGAUUUCUGUUCGCCUUAAUGAGAUGACCAAUGAGUUUUUCUUUGUGUGUGAGUUUGACGUGUCUCAGCGUGACGACGUGCAAUACUCGUUCUCGUGGUACCACAACGACAGCAAACUUUCAGAGAUGCCCGUUGAGCAGCCCGGCAACACAACCGAAGUGAACAUCAACACCAUCACCGGGAUUGCAUAUGCGUCAAGAGUGACUUGUGGGAUCUCUGCGUGUUUUACCACCAACUGUUCCACCACCAUGAGCCCAGCCAAGAAAAGCAAGCAGUUCACAGUCGAACUGAAGGUGUCCACCGAUCUGACUCUGAUGGAAGGAGGGAUGUCGGUUGAGUUUGAGGUGGAGCUGACGGUGCCCUCACGGUACAUGUGUGUUGACCACGGCGACGACUGCCGCGUGCACGUCGGGCUAGUUCUCGAGGUGAAGGACGAGCACACGUGUCCCUCGUCUAACCUGACGCACUACCAGUCGGUGUUUGUGUCUCCACCCUCUCAGCCCGGAGAGGCCAGCUGCUCUCUGGGCUUCACCACAUGGCCACAGGUGGUCAAGCUGCCCGUGAAGGCGGUCAGUGACAUGUUGGUGGACGGUGACCAGGUCCGCUCGGUCCACUUCUCGCUGUCCAUCUCCAAACAGGACAGUGUCCAGUUCAACUCUGUGGUCAGCAAACGGAGUGUUACCAUCAAAGAUUCAGAUCGCACUUCACUCUGCAGUUCUGUGAAUGACCCUCACAUGAAAACAUUUGAUGGCAGGAAAUACAACAACUUCUUAGAAGGUGAAUUUGUUCUGUAUCGUCACAAGACUUUGCCUUAUGAGGUGAGAUCUUUCUAUCGGGCAUGUAAUGGCAGAGCGUCUUGUAACUGCGCUGUCACUGUGAAAUCUGGUGAUGACGUGAUUCUGAUCGACCGCUGUGGACCAACAAUGGGCACAUCCACAAGGAAAACACGAAUUGCUGUCAAGAUAUUCAAAAAUGGUCAACUCACAAAACAUACUCGAAUUUUACAGUUUGCUGGUGGAAAACGAUACGAGGUUCACCUGCCAACUGGGACGUACGUCAUCGUAAGGAACGGAGUCAGCCGGACGGCAAACUUCCUCAACGUUUGGGUGAAAACAUCGGCUGCAGAUUUCCAGCAGACAGAGGGUCUCUGUGGAAGUCUGGAUGAUGACAAAACAAACGACUUCUUCAUAACAGAUGAACAAGCACAAGAUGCAAAAACAUUUUCUCUUCAUUGGAGAGUGUCAGCAGACACAAGUCACUACUCAGGUGUGUGUGUCGAUGAAGAACUCCCGGCAUCAACGCAACUCUUCUGUAAAUGUCAGUCGUCUGACCAACCAGAAUGUGGAUCAGAUCUUGAUGUCAUCAGAUGUUCUGACCAAUCACAGUCAAAGAAAUUCACAUCAGGGGUAGAUUAUACAGAGCACUAUUUGAAAAAAGCAAUGCCACCUCAUGGAUGUAAGGGAUCUGACUUACAACAAAUCGUCUUCCAAUAUGAUGCAGAGUACAGAUCACAGGUGUUCACCUGGCCGACACAAAACCUGGGUUACACUGAGCAGCAGGCGAGAGCUUAUUGCCGUGGAUACAUCCUCAACACGACGAUUGGAGCGCGGUGUAUGAACCUCCUCAGUCUCCAGCUCGAGAUCAGCAUCGCGUCCUGCGUCUCCGACAUCCAGAUCAUGGACAGCCUUGACUGGGCACAGGAAGCUCUUCAGGGUUUCAUCCUGCAGUGUCUGUCUCUCUUCACGUUUGACGUCACCAUGUGGGUGAAUAUCGGUGGCGUACCUAGACCAGAUUUUCACGUCAUCGAGCUGGUUUGCAGCAAUGGAUGUAGUAACCAGGGCAAGUGUGUAGCAGGUGUUUGUAUGUGUGACGAAGGUUUCCUCAGUCCUGACUGCUCUGUAGAUGCCUCACAGCCUCCAGCCAUAGAGUACAUUGCCAACGCUCGCUGUGACAGGAAAACCUCAGAUUGUUCUUCAGUUGUUAUCUUUGGUGACACAUUCAUCAGGUCGGACAAUCUCAAAUGCAGGCUGACCAAAGCUGUGUAUAGUGCAACAUUCUCCUACACAAAGAGCAAUGAUGUGAUAACAACCUCGGCAACGUUCGUGUCAUUUCAACAAGUUGUAUGUCCCUUGACAGCCGUGGGCAGCUACUACAUCGAGGUCACUAUUGAAGGCACGUUGUUCAGCCAGGCCCAUUUCUAUGAGGUGGUCGAUUCGUCGUGCAUCACCUGCAACAACGAAACAUGUAGCAUCAACGAGGCUCGUUGUUUCAUUGAUUCAACUUGCUACAAGUUUGGAAAGAGCCCUCAAGGUAACGACACACUUGUCUGUGAUCCGAACAGAAACUCCACUGUGUGGACUGACCGAACACAAUUUCCAGCUGUAGGAGUGGAACCACAAUUAUCAGUUGAAUUCAAUGAAUCAACGUUGGAGCUGACGUUAGUCUGUGACUGGAGUGACUAUGUGGUGGAUCCAUCGGUUCAAAUCUCAGUUCUGUGGUUCACUGGUGACAAUGUCACAUCCGAGUCUACCGUCACAGACAACACUACGAGAAGUGACAAGAAGCUGUCUUCUGAUUGGGCAGUGAAAUAUGGUGACACUAUCUUCUGUGCUCUACAAGCAUGUCGGGUGGGCAGCUGCACGGAGACAAAGAGUCCGUAUGUCAAGAGCAAUGAAUACAAACUGGAAAUACAGGUUAUUGGUAAGACAUCUCUCACAGUAACAGAAGGUGCCGAUGCUAAAAUUGUCCGCAUUAAAUCAACGUUUCCACCAGUUGUAUUCUGCAAUCAUUCCUCCAACUGUACCUUGCACAUCGACACUUUCAUUCCGGAAGUCGACAGUGACAUCACAUGUCCGGGAACAGGAUCAUAUAUCCCACAGGCGGUCAUCAGUUGGCGUGACAACCAGGGUGUGAUGUCAUCAUGUGGCGUCACACUGACCAAUGAGAACUGGCAGUCAGAACAGCUGAUAUACGUGCAGGCCACGGUGGAUGGACGGCAUGAUAACAACCAGCGAAGAACGCUGGAAAUCUCCGCUCAGGUGGAAUACAGCGGAACUCUUCUUGUUCAGGAGACCGUCUCAGUGGCCACGGUAACGCUGUUGAUUAAAGAUACCAACUGGCAUGCAGUCUGCAAAUCGAUCAAUGACCCACACAUGACCACAUUUGAUGGCAGAUAUUACAACAAUUUCAAUGUAGGAGAGUUUGUACUGUAUCGGCACACUACUCUGCCUUAUGAAAUACACACGUUUUACCGCUCCUGCAAUGGCAAGGCGUCGUGUAACUGUGCUGUUGCUGUGCGAGUUGAUGAUGACGUGGUGGUGGUUGACAGGUGCGGUCCGUCAAUGGGAGAGUCGACGAGAUCGACGCCGAUCUCAGUACGGAUGUACAUCAAGGGAGAACUCUCCUCUGGGCUGAGGGUCAUCAGAAUAAAUGGAGGGAAGAAGUAUGCUGUGAUCUUACCAACAGGAUCGACGUUAACUGUGUCUGUCGGUCGGGGAAAGACAAAGAACUUCAUGAAUGUAUGGUUUAAAGCAUCAGCAGUGGACUAUGCGCACACAGAAGGUCUUUGUGGAACAUUUGAUGGAAACAAGAAUAACGAUCUACAAACUAGAGAUGUACACGAAAUUGUUGGAGGAAUAUAUCCAAACAAGUUCUCCCUUAGCUGGAGGGUAGGUAGAGAGGACUCGCUGUACAGUGGUCUAUGUCAUACAACUACAACCACAAGCAACUCCAUCGCCAGCCAGUUGUGUUCCUGUCGAGACAAGCUAAACAUGGAGUGUGAUAGUGGAUAUGCUUACACCUGUCAACAGAACUUCAAGAAGAUCAGAAGAGGAACAGACAUCACAGAGGAACUAAAAUUAACUGCUAUCAUAAAUCCGAUUCAGUGUGUUCUGUUUGAAUAUGAUGUUAACUACAUUCCUGAGGUGUUUGUGUGGCCGACUCCUAGUGGCUGGACAUGGAAAAGAGCACUCGAGUUCUGCACAGAUUAUAUUCAGGGUCGUGACUCAGGACGCGUCUGUACCAGUAAAGUCAAGAGCAUUGAGCUUGAACCUGUGAUUACUGCUUGUGUGGAGGACAUACAGAUAAUGGACGACAUCAGUUUUGCUAGUGCCGCCCUGGAGAACGUGAAGGAACAGUGUCUGUUUGAAGUAGAGGUGAACAUCAAGUUCUGGGUGCGGCUGCAUGGUCGUUUUACCAUCGACAUCAACAUCAUCGGCAGUAUGUGUGACGACGAGUGCAACGAUCAUGGAUCCUGUAGAGAUGGUGUGUGUGAUUGCCACGAGGGCUAUGCGGGGCCGGACUGCUCCAUCAAUCUGUCGGCUCCACCGUCGGUUGAGGCGAUCCGUGAAGGAGGAUGGUGUGAUCUGUCUGCAGGUGCGUGUAGCACGUGGGUCUACAUCUACGGAGAGAACUUCUACGAGUCUGCAUCUCUCACGUGCUACUUCAAGUCAAUCCAGAUUCAGUCGGUGUUGAUUAUAUCCAAUGAAACCAUUCAGGCUGCUGCAGUGUUCAUCAACUUCAACACCGUCCGGUGUAACCUGCCGGCUGUCGGCAGUUACGCCAUCAGCAUCAGUAACGUUGAGAACAUCAUUAGUGUAUACACCAACUACAUCGUCUACAACAGUGUGUGUGUGACGUGUAACAGUGAGGGCAUGUGUAUGUUUAAGCCUGAUACCUGCUUUAUUGACGGGAAAUGUUACAAGAUCGGAGAGCUGAAGCCAAACGAUGCCAGCCAAGCCUGUCUGCCGUCUGUUAUUGUCACAGCCUGGGCUGAUCACCAGGAGUACCCAAUACUUAAGGCACCAAAGAUUUCCAAGGAGGAGACUGAAGACUCUCCGUAUUUUGUUGCUGCUUGUCAGUUUGAGCGUGUCGUAGGGGCAGACAUCAGGUACACAGUCGAGUGGUUCGCAGGGGAGGAGCAUGUAACAGACCGGGGACCGUUCAAAGAUGAAACAAAGAGCAUACUAAAUGCAGAAAUGCUGACCAAUUUUACUGUCGGCCAAAAGAUCCAGUGUGCCUUGGUUGGAUGCUACAGAAGGAACUGCACAGGUACAACCUCACCUCCAGUGCACAGCAAACACCUGUUAGCAGAAAUACAGGUCACAGAAACAGAGUUGAAGAUGAAGGAGGGCAGUGACGUAGUGGAUGUUGGAGUCAAACUGACAUUCCCGCCGGGUUUCUUCUGUCACAAUCUGACCGCAUGGGAUGAGUGCCACAUAAAGCUUGAACUGGUCGUCAUAGAAACCGAGAGUCAGCUGAAGUGUCAGGGUGACCCGGUUGUCCAGGCGGUCGUGGGUUACAUGUCAGGGAGUGGUCAGCCCAAGUGUGGCAUUGUGUUUACAGCAGUCAACUGGAAGACGGAACUCAUGAUCGCUGUAAAAGCCAAAACAGACUCUCCCCUGGUGGAUGGGGACAGAGAAGCAAAUCUGAAGAUAUCAUCAUCCGUGACAAUGUCAGAGAACAUGUUGAUCAUCACCACAGCGCAGAUCAUUCAAGUGAAGCUGACGGUGUUGGACAGUGACAGAUCAGCAACCUGCAAGUCUGUGAAUGAUCCUCACAUCACCACGUUUGAUGGAAGAAAAUACAACAAUUUCUAUGAGGGAGAAUUCAUCUUUUACAAGCACACAACCAAACCAUAUGAGGUGAGAACGUUUUACCGCAGCUGUCGUAAGAAGGCGUCGUGUAACUGUGCUGUGGCCGUCAGGUCCGGUGAUGAUGUCAUCGUGAUUGACAGGUGUGCGGCCCAGGACAGCGAUCCGGACACACAGAUGGUUGUACGGACAUACAUCACAGGAGAACUGACACCUGGAACCCGCAUUGUCAGAUACGUCGGGGGCAGAGAGUACAGGGUGUAUUUGCCAACUGGAACAUAUGUGGUCGUUAAGAACGGAGUGCGUAGAACGAGAGAGUUUAUCAACGUGUGGAUUCAUGCGUCUGCUGCUGACUGGGGCCACACACAAGGUCUGUGUGGAACGUAUGAUGGAAAUGCCAAAAAUGACUUCCUGAUGGAAUCCGGAAAAUUAUCUCUUGAGACAGGAAAGAUGCCAAAUGUUUUCUCGCGCAGCUGGAGGGUGACGGCCGACAGCCUGUAUGACGGGUUCUGUGCGUCGGAUCAUAAGGCGGACCUCACCUCAGCGAUGCAGUACUGCGAGUGUGAAGAAGGCAGAGAACCUGUGUGUGGAGCGGAUCUCGACAUCUUCACUUGUGGGAUACAGAAAACAAGCAGUAGAAAAAUAAACUCAGGACUGGACCAGACCGACUUCUAUGUGGCGAACUCACGGACACCCAGGAAAUGCAGUGUCAGAGAGAAAACAGACUUCAUGUUUAAGUACAAUAUCAACUAUGUUCAGACGGAGGUCACAUGGCCGACACUGUCUGGAAUCAAUGAGACCCAAGCUAGAAAUAUCUGCAUGGCGUUCAUCAGGCAAACCGACAUCCAUGCCCAAUGCAACCAGGUGGAACGCAUCAAUCUGCACCUGGAAGAGACUGUUGACUUCUGUGUAGAUGACAUUAAGAUCACCGACGACACUCAGUGGACGAUGGCUGCCCUGGACAGUUUCACCGUGCAGUGUUUGAGUGAGAUCAGUCGGCGAGUCGACCUGUGGGUCACUGUCGGCGGUGAAACCACGCCUCCGGCCGCCGUCGUCAACGUCAUAUGUAGCAACGACUGCAGUGGAAAUGGCCGAUGUUCACAAGGGGAGUGUAUUUGUAAUAACAACUGGAUUGGCGAGGAUUGUUCAGUGAAUGCGACACAGCCUCCAGUGUUGUCUCGAAUCCAGGCCGGUGACCUCUGUGACGUGCGCGUCAACAAACACUGCAGGAGACUCAUCCUCAUCGGCAGCAGCUUCGUCGAGAGCACGGCGGCAGUUUGUCACAUUACCGAGAUUUCAGUUGGAAACCGGUUUGACGGGAAUGCUACAUACACUGUGAACACGACAUACAUCAGCAGUGACGUCGUCGUGUGUGAACUGAGAUCAGACAGCAGCAUCAACAUCAGUGUCAGCAAUGAUGGAACACUUGUCAGUGAAACACAGACGUACAUCAUCUACAAUUCUGCUUGCGUCAUUUGCACGUCUCAAGGCUGUUCUUCCAGGACUGAUAUAUGUACUAUUGGUGGAUCCUGCUUUGCUUGUGGAUCAGUGUUUGUUGAUGAUCCGUCUAAAUUCUGUGACACCAGCAAGAACAAAACGGAGUGGACAGCUAUUAAAACCACUCAAGCAGUUGUCCAUCGCUUCAAGUUCCUGUCUCUGGAAGGUGGUAAGCUGAAGACACCAUUAUCUGAUCUAGAUGUCAUGGGAACGCCAAAACUUGAGGAUGGAAAUGGGGGAGGGUAUGCUAUCAGCCUUAACACAGACAAUGACCGAGUUGACUUCACCUCAGAGGGCGUGUUGUCCAUGUUGGACAACUGUUCGGUGGGAUUUUCAUUCAAGUUCUAUGUGAAGUACUUGUCUUUCUGUAACAACAUGUACGUGCUCACCACCGGCGGGGACCUGGAAGACUCGUCGGGCGUCGCCAUCUACUACUUCCGGCGAUCUAUCCACGUCACCGUCAGCACGCCACACAGCAUCUGGACCCUGGCCACGCCCUUACCGAAGAUCCAGCGUUUCCAUGACUACCGCAUUAGCUGGAGUGAGACCCUAGGUCUCGAUGUUGAAGUUGAUGGUACGAUGGUGGCGAUGACAAAGUCAUUCUACACACGAAUCGUGCCGGGUACAAACACGCACCCGCUUGUGAUUGGUGGGCCGAUUGACAAGGUGGGAGGCUGCACACGACACAUCGUGUUUGGAGGACUAGAGAUCUUCACAGCUCCAACGCUGGUCCUGACUACUCUUAAUGUUAUCACGGAACUUCCUGUCUUGACAGACCCCCCAGUACUCUCUGUAAGCUUGGAUAUUGAUACUAACGAAGUUGUGUUUAAGUGUAGCUUCCUUCCACUGGAUCAAGGCAAUGUCGCUUACCAUCUGGAGUGGUUCAUUGAUGAUGUGUCUAAACGAGUUCAGUCAGUAGCAGGUGGAGAAAUGUUCAACUUGUUCAAUGAGUCGGAACAUACAGACUGGAAAUACGGAACUCUUGUGCGGUGCACUGUGACUCCGUGUUAUUCAUUGUGACUGUCAGAACACUGAAGGUCCCAUU